AUGUUAUCUUCGUUGAUCCUCAUCCUGCUCGGUGUAUCCCCACUCGGCUUAACCUAUCGAGAAGAAACAACACAAAAACAAACCUCACCCGAUGUUAUCCUCGUCCUGGCUUCGCCUGAGGUGGUGGACGGGGGGAGGGCACCCCCUCUGCCGCCCGCCUUCCGCCGGCUCGCCGCCCGCGUGUCGGCCGAGGCUGCGCGGCAGGGGCUGGGCGGCGCCGCCGGUUUCGCCGCCGAGGGCCAGGGCUUCCUCCGGGUGAAUCACUACAUGGCGGAGGGGGGCGGCUAUAUGCACAAGCACAUGGACUCGCAGAAGUGCUUCGGGCCAGUGAUCGCCUGCUGCUCUCUGCUUGCCGACGCUGGGAUGACUUUCUACGACACCAAGGGCAAUUCUUUCGGUAUGGCCCGGGUGCACCGCACCACCGAGGUCUCCAUACCGAGGCGAUCGCUGUAUUUCAUGUCGGGGCCAGCGCGGUUCCAGUGGCAGCACGGCAUCCGGAAGGACCAGUGCCCCAAAGAGAGGAUCUCGCUGACAUUCCGCACGGUGAGGGAGGACGCCCCGCGCGCCCGCGCUGCACGCGCGGCCGACAGCCGCCGGGCGCCCCCCAAGCAGGCUUCGAGGAGGCAAGCGGUGCUCAAGAGGCCGGCGGGCGCGGCCGCGCCCGGCCGGCCAAAGGGCCCGCGGAGGUGA